CAAUCGUUUUCCUUCUCUCUCUUUCGGUACAAGGCGCCUAAUAAGACUAGUGUCCCACUCACGAUAAUUUUUUUAGAAGUUUUAAAGUCUUUGAAAAUACAUAUAAUUCAAAGUAUCCUAAAAAUCCUAAAUAUCCUAAAAAUCACAGAGCAUAAACGAUAUUUGUUGAACAAAGAUAUCUAAGCUUAUAAAGAACUUAUAAAGGACAAGUGAGGAAAUAAAAAAUGCCACAAGGAAAGCUCAAAGUUAAAACCAAAUUACCAGAGAAGAUAAAAGCAAAGGUAAACAAAAGCAAGAAAGGUCCUGCUAUUCAGAGACGUGGAAAUGCACCUGUACAACCUAAAAAGAUAAAAUUGCAAGAAGCAUACAAACUGAAGAAAAUGGUUACAAAGACAGUGAAUGAUGCUAUGGAAGAUGAAUUACGAGAAAGGGCUUUAGAGGGAAAAAAAUCCCUCACAAAGAAAGAUUCUUUAAAUGUACAAAAGAAGUAACUGUAUGUAUUAAGUAAAAGUUCUUGAUUUAAUGCCUUGUUGUUAGUGACAUAAUAUGUUUAAUGUACUAGUUAAGAACAUUUAGAAAUAUAUGUUCUAUACAAUUAAAAA